UUCCAUGUUAUAGUAUUGUUUAUCUAUUAUUGCACACGGCGAACAGAGAGGAAACUCGCGUAUUUCAUCGAUCUUUCCUCGUGUUUUCCACCCUGUAUCAAAGAUUACAAUUACUAAUCUACUUUGUUUUCGAUGUGUAAGCUUGCGUAUUUCUAUCAAGUGGCCUAACCGCAGAUAACCAAUCUAAUUUGUGUACAGAAAAAUGAAGCACAGAAAAUUACAAUGCCAUUUAAAACUUAUAUUCUGUUCCACCAUGAUGUGCUUCACUCAAUUUCUGAUUGGCAGUUCGUAUUCAUUUUCAUCUACACUCGUGGCACAACUUCGAGAACCUUCGUCAACAAUACAUUUGACCGUCGAACAGGAAUCUUGGAUAACAAGUAUUACGGUACUUAUAUGUCCUAUCGGUUUACUCAUAAUUGGAAUUCUAACGGACAAAUUUGGUAGAAGAAAAACUAUUCAAAUUGUCUACGCACCAAUGGCUUUAAGUUGGCUAAUAAUUACAUUUGCUGAAUCUUAUACAGCACUAUUGAUUGGAAAAAUUAUACUUGGGAUCCCGUUUGGGGUGAGCACGUGCAUGUUUCUGUACAUUUCCGAAAUAACACCAGCCAACCUACGACCGCUGUACAUAACACUGGUAACCAUGACCGUGGGCCUGGGCAUGAUGGGGGAAUGCAUAUUGGCCAUGUUCUUCCGCUGUCAAACCAUAUCCGGUAUCAUGUUCGGGUUGUGCGUAAUCAAUUUCCUGACGCUGUUCCUGGUGCCGGAACCGCCGAUGUGGCUCAGGGCCAAGGGCCGGGUCACCGAGGCGGACGAAGUGGACAGGUGGCUAGACUUGGGUCACAUGACGCACACGUCGGCCACCGCGAUGUCUCCACCUGCUGCUGCUGUGGUCGAACGGCCAAACUUGGCCACGGCGGUGGACGCCAGCGUGCCCGCAGCGGCCGCGUCGACACCGUACUGGUCACUGUUCCUGCGGCGCAACGUGUGGAUGCCGACGGUGAUCACGCUGACGUUCUUCGUCUGCCAGCAAGGUAGCGGGGUGUACGUGCUGCUGUUCUACUCGAUGGACGUGCUUCGGGACUGCAAGGUGCCGUGGGACAGCAACACCGUCUCGCUGUUCCUGUCCUUGGCCAGAGUGAUGGGCGGCCUGGGUUUCGCGGCCAUGCACCGCGUCCCGCGCCGGACACUCGUCAUGGUUUCCGGCGGAUGUAUGGCCGUGUCGCUGCUCGUAGUCGUCGCCUACAUGAGGAUAUUCACCGGCGUCCAAGACCCACCGUUCGCAAUGACGCUCAUCAUCGCAUUCGUCAUGUUCAUGUUCUUCGCCCUGCUGGCCAUUCUGCCCAUGCCUUGGAUACUGUGCGGCGAGGUGUUCCCGAUGGCGGUAAAAGGUGUUAUGAACGGAGUUGUACAGACAUGUGGAUAUAUUAUGUGGUUCAUGAUUUGCAAAGUAUAUCCAUCGCUGAUCUCAAAUUUAGGAGUAGAAAUCGUUUGGUCAAUAUUCGCUUUCUUCUGUAUAUUAAACGUGUUAUUUGCUAUAUUUAUUAUGCCCGAAACUAAGGGAAAAACUCUAGACGAAGUCUUGUUGUAUUUCGAACCAGAGAAGAGAGUUAAGAAAGUCAUCAUUCCUUAAGACUACCUACGUUAAUUUAUCCACUUAUGGAAACCGAACAUUUUUAUUAUAUUUUUUUAUUGUAGUAUUUAAGCAUCGAUACAUAGAUGUCGUUUUAUUUAUAAUAUACUAUGUUAUUAUUAGUUAUACUAAUAUUUUAUUACCCAUGUUGAUGAAAUAUUUGUCAAAUGAUUAAUAAUUGCAAAUCAACAUCAGCUGUGACAUUCAGUGAUUCAAAUCUUAAUAGAAUAUAAUAUUAUAAUUUUUGUUGCCUCUAAAACUGUGCAUGCACACUGUAUAUAAGAUUAUUGUUUAUCAUUAGGUAACUCAAUUUUUUAUUACAUAAGCUUACUCACGUGGUAUUAAAUUGAUAUGUUUGUUUGUUCAAUUAACAAAAAAACUAAUUUGAUAUAAUAUACAGCGUAAGGAGUGUUACUUAAUUUCCUUUUUAUCUUUAAUCUCAAUUACUUAAGCUAUUUUCAAAGACUAUUUAUACACUUUUAAUGUCUUAUUAAUUAUUUGUAUAUUUGAAGAGCUUCAAUUAAUACAAUUUUCUAUCAAGACUGAGACAUGCAUUUCGCGGUCAAAGCCCAAACACCAGAUAUUGAAAUACAAUUGACUAACGAUUGGCCCCAGCAACAAACAGACAAUUCACAACAUUUCUGAAAUUGACUUUUGCAUUUGAAAACGAUUUCGUUGAGGGAAAUAUUUUUAUAUUGAUACACCAACCAUACAAAUCUGAUUACUAUAUUCCGUAAGAAUAAAUGGGAUAACGAAUUUCGAAAUGGCCACCCUGAAAAUGUUCAAAAUGUGGACUCUGGUUGUUACAAGGAACCUUUCAGUUAUGAGUGUUUUUAGAUCUUGAUUAGGUUUUUUUUUAACUUUCAAAAUUGUCAUCAAACGUAUAAUAUCCACUGUGGUAGUAAAAACUGUAAUUGUUUGAUUUAUUUUCUCGUAUUGAGUUUGAUAUGUGACUAUCUGCACCAAUAGUGUUUAUGUGAUCAAAAUCAUUAGCUGUAUAAAUUAUGUUUUUUAUGAAAUGUUAUUAUGUAUUCAUAUUAAUUAAUAAACUAACAUAGUUUAUUGUAAACUGUA